CGCGCUGAGGCCCGGCUCCAGCCGCACGGCCGAGAGGGAGGGGCCGCAGGGGGCCGGCAGUGCCAGACGCCUAGCGCCCGGCUCGCCGCGGCUCAGUCUCGUCGCGAGGCCAGCCACGGCUGCCAAGAGCGGCUACCAGAGCGAGCUGGAGCCCGGGCCUCGGAGAGGCUAGGUGGAGGACCAGAAGAGGCGGCGGACCGGUGAGGCGGGCCGCGCGCUCUGCCCCCGGCUUGUGGGAGUGCUCCAAACCGAUCCCGCAUAAAUGAUGAAAACUUCUUGUGAAACCUAAGACUCCCUGAUUGUGGAAGUGCCCCACAAGUACCAUUAACUAUAAAAGUAAAGAAAAGUAUGACAAACAUCUGGGAGAGUUUAAAGUUUUGAAGACCACCACAUCCACCAGAAGACCCAGGAUGGAUUUGCACCAAAGCACCACUGUCACACUCCUUGAGAAAUGGUGUUCCAACCAAUCACCAUCUGGCUACAGGAGACAUUAUAACGUCAGGAAAAAACUGAAGUUAAUUCGAAUUGUAGGCCUCCUCAUGGGCCUGGUGGCCAUUAGCACUGUCCCAUUUUCAAUCAGUGCCUUUUCUGAGACAGACACACAGAGCACAGGGGAAGCCAGUGUUGUCAGUGGCCCAAGGGUAGCACACAGUUACCCUCAAAGAACUCUCUUAGAUUUAAAUGACAAGAUUCAGGAUUACACUCCACAGCCACCUCUUUCUCAGGAAGGCACAUCUGAGAACAGCACAGACCAUGCCCAAGGAGACUACCCGAGAGACAUCUUCUCCCUUGAGGAUCGGAGAAAAGGCGCCAUCAUUCUCCACGUCAUAGGAAUGAUCUACAUGUUCAUAGCCUUAGCCAUUGUCUGUGAUGAGUUCUUUGUUCCUUCUUUGACCGUCAUCACCGAGAAGCUGGGCAUCUCCGAUGAUGUGGCUGGAGCCACCUUUAUGGCUGCAGGCGGUUCAGCCCCAGAACUUUUCACUUCUCUCAUAGGGGUGUUCAUUGCUCACAGCAAUGUUGGCAUAGGCACGAUUGUAGGUUCAGCAGUGUUCAAUAUCCUCUUCGUUAUUGGCAUGUGUGCUCUGUUUUCUAGAGAAAUCCUAAACCUGACAUGGUGGCCGCUCUUUCGGGAUGUGUCCUUCUACAUCGUUGACUUGAUCAUGCUGAUUAUAUUUUUUCUGGAUAAUUUUAUCAUGUGGUGGGAAAGCUUGCUCCUCUUGACAGCUUAUUUUGGCUAUGUGGUUUUCAUGAAAUUCAACGUCCAAGUGGAAACAUGGGUGAAGCAAAUGAUAAAUCGCAAUAAAGUCGUCAAGGUGACAGCACCAGAGGCCCAAGCAAAGUCAUCUACAGCCAGGGACAAGGAUGAACCAGCUCUACCGGCUAAGCCGCGCCUACAGCGAGGUGGAAGUUCUGCUUCCCUCCACAACAGUCUCAUGAGGAAUAGCAUCUUCCAGCUCAUGAUACACACCCUGGACCCUUUGGCAGAAGAACUUGGAUCAUAUGGAAAACUAAAAUAUUAUGACACAAUGACUGAAGAAGGGAGGUUCAGAGAAAAGGCCUCAAUUCUCCACAAGAUUGCCAAGAAGAAAUGCCAAGUGGAUGAGAACGAGAGGCAGAAUGGGGCUGCCAAUCACGUGGAAAAAAUCGAACUCCCAAAUAGCACGAGCACAGAAGUUGAAAUGACACCUUCCAGCGAUGCUUCGGAACCUGUACAAAAUGGAAAUCUCUCCCACAGCGUUGAAGCUGCAGAAGCCCAGCAGACCACAGAGACAGCUGAGGAGGACGACGACCAGCCCCUGAGCCUUGCCUGGCCUUCCGAAACCCGCAAGCAGGUCACCUUCCUGAUCGUCUUCCCCAUAGUGUUUCCACUUUGGAUUACCUUACCUGACGUUCGCAAACCUUCAUCAAGGAAAUUUUUUCCCAUCACAUUCUUUGGCUCCAUCACCUGGAUCGCAGCCUUCUCUUAUUUGAUGGUCUGGUGGGCGCAUCAGGUUGGAGAGACCAUCGGCAUUAGUGAAGAGAUUAUGGGUCUGACCAUCCUGGCUGCUGGGACCUCCAUCCCUGAUCUUAUCACCAGUGUCAUCGUGGCUCGGAAGGGGCUAGGAGACAUGGCUGUGUCCAGCUCUGUUGGAAGUAAUAUUUUUGACAUCACCGUAGGGCUCCCACUGCCCUGGCUCCUGUACACCGUCAUUCACAGAUUCCAGCCAGUGGCUGUCAGCAGCAAUGGCCUCUUCUGCGCCAUUGUCCUCCUCUUCAUCAUGCUGCUCUUCGUCAUUCUCUCCAUUGCCCUCUGCAAAUGGCGGAUGAACAAAGUGCUGGGCUUCAUCAUGUUUGGCCUCUACUUCGUGUUCCUGGUGAUCAGCGUCCUCCUAGAAGACAGAAUUCUGAUGUGUCCCGUCUCCAUCUAGCGGAAAAGCCAUAUCGUGGACCAACAGCGUGGAUGGUCCCUUCCUGCUCUGGGCUCUAGGCUCCUUGGCCUCCUGAGAAGAGGCAGCUGGCACACAGCCCCAGCCAAGUGUCCCUCCUUGGUGGAUUGGAGGAGGGAUGGAUUCACAUGGGACCCUUCACUUCACAGGCUCUUCACCCUUGCCUACAGAAAUGACUCCACGUAAGAGACAAAAAGAACCGUGACCAUGGGGCAUCCCUCCAUUCACCACUGACAGGUACUCCUCGCUGGCCGGAGGUACAUUCGUUGUAAGGAAGCAAACAAGGACAGAGGCUAUAUAUACACCUAUAAAGUAUACAUAUUAUAAAUAUACACACACGAGCACACAAAUCCUGCCUGAUCCUGUAUUAUUCCUCUCUUUGCAUACCUAUAGAUUAAUACAUAACUGUACACAAACACAAAGAAAGAAAAAUUAUAUAAAUAUAUAUAUAUAUAUAUACAGAGUCAUAUAUAUAUAUACAUGUAAGUAUAAAUGCAUCUUUUCAGGGAUAGCUCUAGUAUAUUUAUAGUACCUUUUUGAAGAGGGGCAUCAACCUUCAACCUUCAGUCUGGACUUUACCUCUAGGUGCAAGAGGUGAUCUAAUGGAAUCCACAGACAAAGGUGGUGUUGCUGUCACCUUCAGCCUAUGUUCGAUUUACCGGGAUCCUGCCUAACAAGGUGGAUGGUUUAGGAAAAUUGCUUGUAGGGAGGAGGACUUAGCAGAGAGAGUCUGGAGGAGCAUCGAGUUGAGCCCUCCAAACCAUUGCACUAAUCAUACAGGGAAGACUGUUCUGCAUACCCAUACUGAGUACUUAAGACCGACAGAGAUAAAACCAAGACUGGGUGAAUACUGGUUUGGGGACAGGAGGGAGGUGACUAGGGUUGGGUUGUUUUGUUUUGUUGUUUUCUGAUAUUGCCCCAGCAUGCAAGUAGAAAAUAUGACUGCAGACCAAAUUAGUGCUUUUCUAGGACAGCAAAACUAUAUAAACUGAACUUAUAUUGUUCCAAUGCAUGUCCCAUUAUCAUCGAAAGAAGGAGGGCAGUUUUAGCUGUGAUUACCAUUUAGACAUAUUUUGAUGCUAAGGGCUCACAUAUAAGUCAAACACCUGCCAGGAGAGCCUUGAUGUGUGAUAAGAAACCCCAUCCAGUAGAGGUGCUCAGUGGGAUUUGCCACCUAAUGGGAAUGUAAGGGCAUCAUGGCUCCUUAAAUCAUUGUCCAAUGUGAUCAUAAAGGGCUUCAGUGUCUAAGAAUCAUUAUUCCCAAUAGAUCUAAAUCAACUCUGAUCAACACUACUUGGCUGGAGGCAGCUUUGAGAUGUUUGCAAAGGCAUUUGCACACUUGGUGCACCCCAGGUAGAUUUCUGGGUCCUAUUUCAAGGAUUUGGUUAAAGCCUGUGCAAUGUCCAUGUCUCUCCUCCCAUCAGGACCCCAGAUGGGACUUUUUCUAGUUUUUAAAGUACACUGAAGACUAUAUUCCAAAGUUUCUUUGUGCUGGCUUCAACCCGGUCACCUCAAGUUUUUAUUUUCUGAUUUUGCUCAACUUUACAUGGAAUUUUUUUCAUUUUGUUUAUUCAAUGCCCCCAAGUUCUAUUUGCCACCUUGUAUGAUUUCUCAAGUUUAUUUCAGUAGAAAAUAAGACUAGUGGGGGGGAUGGGGUUAAACUAAAUUGAUGAAAAAAUAUGUAGAAUCUGUCAUUUCCCCAAGUUGUGAUUUCCUUAAAAUCAUUUGCAAAAGUAAACAGAGGAUGGUCCAUUAUUCUGUGCCCAGCCUAUAUGAAAGUCGACAACAUCAUACAUGGGGCUCUUCACCACACAUGUUCAUGUCUUCAGCUUGUGAUGUGCCUGAGGCCUGCUCUGAUUGUGUUGUGUUGACAUAGGAAGAUAGGAUGCAGAACACAUAGUUGAAGAUAAAGGUCAAGUGACCUGAGAGUGCAGGCAAGGUCAGUCCUUUCUCCCCCAAAACCUUAGCUCACUCUGUAAAGCAUCAGCAAGCAGUACCCAUCAUGGCUUUUCCCCCACAAGUAAUAAGUACUGAAAAAUGAAGCCCCCCUAAGAAAACAAGAAUUCAAGGUGACUGCCCCCCAGGCUUGUUUUCAGAUCUCUCCAGCUUUGCAAAGUGGAGUUUUCUAAUGUGUGAAGGAAACCUGCAUCUUGUUCAAGGGCAGGACUUUGUACUUAGAGUGAAAGAGAAUGAGGAAGUAAUUUUUCUUGUGUGUUACUUGACGGGAGCAUAGGUGGUUAUUGUGUGAAUUCUGUACUAUUGACCAAUUUGUUGUUUGAAAGGCUUAAAUAGGUGACCUUGACAAAAUGACAGGUAGAAUAUACAAAAUAAGAAAGGUUGCAGGAGGUCAGGUAUAGCCCUGCUCUUAUUCCAGUACUUCCUGAUCCUUCCCUUCCUCCUCACUCUUCCCAUUCAUUCCCAGGUCACAGUGAAGACUUGUCCAAGCAACCAGGAAAUACUUUACUCACCUAAGAGUUGGGAAUGCACUUUACAGGGAGUAUUGUAGUUUUUAAUGAAAAGUUGCUUUUGAGAAGACAACAUUUCCAAGCCUGGUUCCCACCUCAAUGGCGUGUGCUGGGCAUGACUAUGACAGCAGUGUCCCCCUAAGUGGCACACAGGCACCUUCCAGUGCUUGCCCUGGCUUUCUCUUCAUUGCUGCAUCUGUGAAUAAGUGGUUAUAUGUUGGCCUACACUCAUUCACAUAAUUAGAAGAAAACUUUCCACAUUAUGAUUUCCAGAGUAGGUCAUCUCUAGCCCCUUUUCUGUAUGCCUCUGUGUGUGUAUGCAUAUGCAUGAAUGUGUGUGUGUGUGUGAGAGAGAGAGAGAGAGAGAGAGAGAGAGAGAGAGAGAGAGACCCAAUCACAUUAGAAUUCAAAAGCAAGGAGUAUCGAGUUUGCCAAAGUCAAAGUCAAAGAAAAGUACAGUCCCAACCAAAGGGAGCAUUUCUUCCUGAUCUCAUAAGAUGGUUUUCUUCUAUGCAUAUAUACAUAUAAACAUACACAUAAGCACCUGUAUUUCCCCACCCCCAGAAUAUAGAUGUUUCAGCCUUAAGAAACUGCCCAGUCUUAUUCUUCCACCUUUGUUUUUUCUAGUACUGGGGAUCAAGCCCAGAGCCUCUCAUGCAGAUACUCUACCAUUUGAGCUAUAGCCCCAGCCCUAGCCAUAUCUUUAAUGCUGACAUAGAAGCAAAGAAUAUACAACAGGAAGCACAGAAGAAAAUGUUAGACUGCAGUACUCUCUUUGCUUCUUUGGAGCAGAGUAUAAAAUAGUAUCCAAAGUUCAAGCCAACAUUUUACUACUUGAUUUAAAAUAAAUGAGUUGCACCCAAAUGGUUCCAUUUGGUUCAUAGCACACCAAGCAGGUCUUGCUUGCUGUCACCUUCCCAAUAGCCCUAGGCAGCCGAGAAGAACCCAGCAACUUGCAUCAAACCAAAAGUUCAAAAACAGAAACUUCUGAAUUGCAUUUGACUAUGCACAUGACAUAUCCAGCUGCCCUCUGGACCUGACCAGUUCCUAGGGAACUGAAACACAAGAUUAAACAGUGUCACUCAGAACCUAAACUGAGUCAGGCAAUGACAGAUGGGGAAGACAGAACACAUGCACAGGGACCAUCCAGUAGGAUUGUUUAUUAGCUCAGAAGAUACAGAAGAAUAUCUUAAAUCCUUGCUCAAAAGAUCAUAAAGAGAAGCAGGCGUUGUUUAAUAUUCAGAAAAAAAAAAUGUUUUGUGAGGCAUCACCUGACAGAGGCUAUUAUAAUAUCUUUUAUACAGGAGACACAAAUCAGGUGAUUUGGAGCCAUUUCAGUAAAACACAGCUGUCUCAGUGAUUAGCCUUUUGAUAAUGCUAACAUACACCCAUCCCUGGGUAGACAGAGAGUUGGCAAACUCCUCAGCAUUGUUCCCGUCUUUUAAAUGCCUCUAAAACAGUGAGAUUCUUAUAAAGGGAAGCCCACCAUCCCAGACCACCUUAACAGAAAGUUGAUCAAGGAAAAGACAACCUUUAGAGCUGCUGGCCAGAUAGUGUUGAAGAAAAUAGGACUUGAGUUAAAUGCUCUGUUGAAAUUUCUACAUUGAAAGUGUCUGUCAUGGAUCUGAUGGCCUGUCUGAAUGCAAACAUUUCAGAAAAUUCUAGUAUGCUUUCUUCCCCGCAUACACACACAAACAUACACACACAGACACACACACACACACACACUAUUACGUGGAUGGUAUGCUUCCUUGACCCCAGACAGAUUGUUACUUUAAUAAAUAAGUGGUCAUAUCACCGGUGGCAGCUCUGUUCCAGAAAAUAAAUAAAUAAAUAAAUAAAUAAAUAAAUAAAUAAAAGCUGUUCUUAGGGUGAUUUCUGAGAAAGUGUGCUAUAGAAGCUAAUCCAGAUCUUACAUAACCACAUGGCUUUUUAAAAGAUACAUCCUCAAUCCCUAUACAAUAUCAUCUUCAAUCAGCCGUAAGGCAUUGGCAAUGAGGUAGUUGGUUAUCAUAUAUAAGUUACACACACACACACACACACACACACUCACACGGGAGAAAGGAGAAAUUAAUCUACUUUUACUAGAAUUCCUAAGAAAGAAAGCAUCGCAUUGAAACACAUCCUUAUGUGGUUUAAAAUAACAAAUAUCAGGCUUUUUAAACAAUUACAAGAGCCCUUAUGUAUACACAAUUCUAGAUUUUUUUAAUCCCUUCUCAAGAUGCCUUGGGAGAAGAAAGGUAAUUGUAUUUCUGAUCCACUGUCCAUUUAAGUUUAGCUCCUGUCUCUGUAUCUUUGUGUUUUCUUUUUAAUUUUGCAGGCUCAUAUUCUUUAAAAUAUAUAGCAAACAGAAAAAGCAAUAAAGGAAAUACAGCCAGCUCAACUCCAUUACUUCUUACUAUACCAUUGCAAUAUUUCUUUCGCCUCCCCAGGCGCUUUGGAAGUGCACAGGCUGCAAUGCCUAAUCAACAGGAGAACAGAGACCUACAAAAGCUAUAGAUGUGCUCCUGUUGGCUACAAACAGAAAUAAUGUGUUUUCCCCUUUUCCCAAAACAACUUGAGCACAGCCAUUGUAGUUUCCUUCCUCACAUGUGGAUCAUCAGCCUUGCUCCAUACCACCUAGAUUCCCAGAGGUCUCUAAUCUGGUUAGUGACUUUUCUUAAGAAAGAGUGAGAGAGAGCCACAAAGAAGAAAAGAAUCCAUUACUCAGCCAUGUUUAGAAAGACCAAGGUGGCCUUGCAAUUCUGAUAGGCUAGGUACUAAGUUCAAACUAGUGUACGAAUGGUGAGUGACUGUAUGGAGCACCAUAUGAUCUGAGCCAAUGCUCUUUCACUAAAUGUUUGACAGACUGGAAAACCUAAAAGAGUUUAUUUUUAAGCAGAUAAAUAAGUCUGAAAGAGUGCCAUGGAGUUUGCACAGGCUCACACCAAAGAUUUAAUUCCAUUUAAGAGAGUUUGUUCAGCCUAUUGGCGUGACCCAAAGGACAGCAACCCCCCUACACAGACUCACACAGACCCCUAAGGGAUCCUAGUAGAGAUGUUCCUGGUGUGACCAAGCUCAAUGUUAACAACCUUCAGUGUCAGAAAAGUCUCCUUCCAGGUUAACCCCGGCCCCUACAAUUGAUGACUUCAUUUAGUUUUCUUUCUGGGAGAAAACUGCAUAUGGGAAUUCUGCAUUCUUUACCCCUGACAUAUUUGGAAGUCACCACUAUGUGACCCUUUACCUCUUUUCAUCAGAAGUCUCCUGAGUUUGAUAUUUCAGAGUCUUUUCAAAAUGCUCUUAAUCAUUCCCACUUCAUCUUUACUAAGACAUUUUAAAUGCUUUAUAUUGCUCUUGGAUUAUGGUACCUUAUGACUAAUCAUGACAUGAGUAUAAGUCUGAACAGUGCUGACUUCCAGCCUGGAACUCAAUGCCUUGCUCCCUUGUUAUGCACACUCUGUUGUUCUUCCCUUUUAAAAAGUCAUUCUUCAUCGCUAUUUCACAUUAAUCUUGUGUUCUCUGUGGCCUCCUAUCUCUCUUCUGAGACAUUUAGAUGAAGCCAGUGGCAUUUUUCAGCUUGCCCAAAGCAUUUGCACAGGCCUUUGCCUACUGUGAGAGUCUCUAGUUGGCCUUAUUAAGGUCUCAGCCUGCUUAUUUCUAACCCCACUUUCAAUUCUGAAGUCCAGGUUGGACACAGUGUUUAUAUCCCUGCAAGAUUCUUACUACCAGCCUCCCAGUGCGCUUAUGCCUGGCAAAUUGGGCAUUUUCUCCUCCUCCUCCACUUCAUUGAUAGGAAGAUUCAAAAAUGCUAGACCUCUGCUCCCAACCUUUUUUUCACAUAAUUGACUACUUGCUGGGGGGGGGGGGAAAUCCUUUCUAAUUGCUACUAAAAUAUGGAUAGAAUCCGCAACCACAGGAGAAGAGAGCAGUAAAAAUAACUGUAGAGCACCAGAGAGUCUUGCUUACCACAAGCACAAUAGGCAGUGGUUCUCCAGGGACUAGUCUGAGCACUGGGCAUAGCUUACAAACUCUGCUUUCAAGCCCACAAUCCCACACUCACAAAGAACUCAGCAUAGGAGAGAGACCACUCAAGAUUCCAAAACUCUGGGCUUGUGUUUACCUGCUUUGAUUUUACAAGAGGAGUUAAAAUUUUCAUUCUAAAUACUAAGUCAGAGCUUAUCCACCUGUACUGCAGUGAGCCUACUUUCUCGUGUGGUAGAAUGGAUAAGAACUGUAAGGUCACUGAUUGGUGUCCUGGCCUAGAAAAAUGGUCUACAAUUCACUGUAAGAAUGGGACUAUACUCCUGCAGUCUUAUAUUUUGGGUUGUGUAUUUCUUCAUAAUGGAUAUAUAAGUUACUAAGGCCUUGGGGAUCAAUGGUUCUCUCAAACUCUCAGCUAACCAAAAGAGAAUGCUAAUUUUCUAAAAUAAUGUCACAUACACACACACACA